AUGUCCACCUCCUCCCUCGAGGAUCCCGUCGACCGUAUAGAGCGGUUGGCAGCUGAGAACGCUGUCGUCAUAUUCAGCGUUAGUACAUGUUGUAUGUGUCACGCUAUAAAACGGUUGUUUUGUGGAAUGGGAGUGAAUCCAACAGUCUACGAACUCGACGAAGAUCCAAGAGGAGGGGACAUGGAGAAGGCACUCAUGAGACUUUUGGGAAGCUCCUCUCCUGUUCCUGUCGUGUUUAUCGGUGGGAAACUCGUGGGUGCCAUGGAUAGAGUCAUGGCCUCUCAUAUUAGUGGAACUCUUGUUCCUCUUCUUAAAGAUGCUGGAGCUCUCUGGCUUUGA